AUGCCGUAUAAGACGGUGAUAGAAGUGGAGCCUCCGAGUCUGUUGAGGUACUUGAUCGGAGCGGCGGUGAUGAUGAUGGGCGUCGUAUUACCCGUUGGUUACAUGAUGUUCAGGAACAAACGCGUCCCCUUCUCAUCUUCAUACUCUAAACAGACGUAG